AGCAAAUCUGUUGACCAUGAUGAUUACAGUAGAGAAAUUAUUUCUUCACCCACUGUGUUUGUUGUAAAUGAGACAGUUCCAGAGAAGUCUAGCAGAAAGUCCUUUUUCAGGAGGCGAGGCAUUCGUAAAGCUCCAAGCAAUCAAAGUGUAUUUGAUGAUCGAGAAGAUCACUCAGUUUGUGCCAGUCCUGCUUUAGGACAAAGUACUUCUUCAUUAUUACGUCAUCAUAGAGCUGUUACUCCACGACUCAGUGUUUCAGAAGAAGGAGCCCACUCACUGCAGAGAACUCCAAAAAGUAGUCGUCGACGUUUUCCUAUUGUGCAUUGGUUAAAAGGAGAACGAGUGAAGCAUGCCAGACAAAGGUGGAGCAAAAGUGGGUCUGCUUCUCCAGUUUUAUCAAAAAGUUACCCUGGGAGUGAAAGAUUAUCUCGUCGAGCAAGCUGCAUUAGUCGUACUUCUAAACUGGGUCAGAAGUCUUCCAGUCAGAUGAGUUUGACAUUAUCACGAGCACGGAAGAGAAUGGAAGAUCAUUUAAAUAAAAUUGGAAUUGGACGAAAUAAAAAUAAAUAUGGAAGCUUUGAAGAACCCUUAGAUCUCAGUCGACGCAACUCUUUUGAUCUUGAGCAUGGAGCUCGUGAUGGAGAUCUCCUAGUGGUAAAGGAGAGCAAACUAGUAAAUAUUCAACUUGUGAGAGAUGGGAUGUUUCGUUUUGCUUUCCUAAUGGAAACCUGUCAUCCUGGAACAAUACCUGAUCCUCCUCUCAUGGCUGCAGCUCUAGACCUGAAAGCUCCAGUAGUUGCUCGUGCAGCAUUAUAUUUGGAAUGCGCACACUUCAUUCAUCGCUGCAAUAAAGGCCAGUGGCCUACCUGGAUGAAGCUUAAUUUACCAAUGUUUAGACCAUCAGGACCUCUUGGUAAUCGAGGAACACCUUCUGGCUUAAGAAGAACCCAUAUUUUACAACGAGCUGCUGGUCGUAUGUUUUAUCAGUGGGCAGAAGCUAUAGGUGCUCGUUUAGAAGAAAUGUUACAACGAGAACAGUGUGACUCAACUGAAAAUCUUCUUGCUGUGGUAGAUGAAAAUAAGAAGCGUCAGUAUCGCAUAGAAGAUGAUGAAGAAGAUUUUCUGGAUGAAGCAUGUGUCAACCCUAUGGGUAACAACUGUCCUUAUGCUUUGAAAAUGGCUGCAUGUCAGCUUUUAUUGGAGAUUACUGCUUUCUUACGAGAGACCUACCAGUAUUUGCCUCACAAAUCUUCUCGCCUCUCAACAAGGGAGAAACAUUGUUUUGAACCUAGAAGUGUUACUGCUAAUCGACGUUGGAGCAUGGCCUUGAGUAGUUUGGGAUUUAGUCAGAACUCGGCACAUAGCUUGGUGUCUUUAGCUGAACAAGGACAUCCAUUUGCUUUAAAUGAAAGGAGAAUUAGUUUUGUUCUUCAUGAAGCAGAUGCUGAAGUAGAAUCAGAAAAUAGUAGUAACACGACUCUGACAGUUCAGGAAGACCCUAAUUGUGGAGAUGAGAAAAAAGGGAGAAGAAUUGCUCAAGGUCGUACUCACCUGCUCCGUCGAACACCUGGAUCAGCUCCUUGCCAUAAUUCUAGUUUCAAAAGAAGGAGUCUAAAGUUAAAGAAACCUGUAGAUAGAAAAAACAGACCACGCUCUUCAACUUUUGCUGAAGAUGAUGAUGAAAGCUACUUGAAAAGAACAGAGAGUAUCCACUCUCGGCGAAAAGUGAGUGCAGUAUCUGAUCGUAGUGACACCAGUGAAAGAGCAGAUGUUAGUGGAGAGGAGUCUCCAGGUGUUUUGAGUGAUGAACAAGCCCCAGAAAGCCCAAAUGAUGUGUUAGAAAGUGAUGAUGUGUCUCUUACUAAAAACAUGCCUUGGUUAAAGGUUCUAGUUCAAGUUUCAAGCUCCUUAAAUUUUAGCUGCCCACAUCAACAUUUCUGUCACCCAAACUGUUACCGUCGACAGAUGAGAGCCUGUAAUCGCUUAGUGAAAGCAGUUCGCAAGGUUUAUGGUGAUGAAAUAGGAGUUGUUAAAGACACAGAAAAACAGCCAGAGGAUAAGGAAGACAGCAAGAAAGAAAAAAAGCUGAAAAAGAUUAUCACUGCUCCAAGUUCACCUCUGCGUCGUAAAGCAAGUGUGGCUCAUAACCUUGACAAGAUUGAAAAGGCAGUGGAUGCUCCACAUCUGGGAGCACUGCGUUCACUUCACAGUAGUAUCACAUGCUUGGCUCAUGAUGUAGAGGCGGGAGGAACAGCAGACAAAGGAGAACAGAAGCUUGGACCAUACGUGAAAAAAGAACCCAAAGAAGAGCUUCCAAUUGUAAAAUACUUAAAAAAUCAGGUUAUGACCUUGUUUCACAGUCCUCUGUCCACACUUGUGAAGGGAACAGUGGUCAUGUCAGAUAACUGCUUUAAGGACAUUAUGAACGUUGUAUGGAAACUUUUGUUGGAAAGUGAUCAACAGCUGGCUGCAACAGCAGCUGCUUUGUUUACUAUAUCUUCAGUGAAAGCACCAGAUCAGGCUAGUGAGCUUUUAGAGAAAGAGCUUAAACAUGAAGAUACAGCCCAGAGGAUAAAUGCUAUUCACAGGUUUCAUGCCCUAUGGCAAUUUAGAAAUCAGUGUUGGCCAAGGAUGGAAGAUGGAGCACAAAUGUAUUUUAAGGUGCCUCCCCCAGUUGUUGAGUUCACACUCCCUUCACCAAAGAUAGCCAUAGACUCUGUACCUAUUGCUGACCCUCCAUGGUUGCCUCACGUGAAAACAAAAGUAGAAGAGGUCACCAUCAAUCAGGAUCAAUCGUUGCAGAGGUCCUUUGUAACAGCCACAAAGACUCGAAGGAAACAACAGGUGGAGUUGAUACACAGAGCUUUGGAAGCAGAAGAAGACAAGAAACAAACAGCUCGAGAAAACUUUCCCAUUACAUCUGUAGCUGUCAACCUACAUGCUGCCUAUGAACCAGCACUAUACCAUGCAGUAGAAGAACAUGAAGAAGGAGAAGAAGAUGCUUUAACCGAACGAAACAUGCAGCAUCACAUACAAAUGGCCCAUCCACUCUUCCCCUCUUGUUUGUGUUCUUCAACUUUUCAUAUCAUUAGUCUUCUUGAUGAUCCUCAAGUAAACAUAGAUGGUGUUGCUGUUUAUGAAGUUGCUUACAAAGUUAUCUGGUUGUGUCUCGUGGAAGACACAGCCCUUUUUAUGCGACACUUUCUUGAAAAACUAACCCGAGAAAAACAAGAUGUCAUACUUCAAAUUUUGAGGAAGCUUCUACAUUUUAUCCCCCGUCUUCCCCCUCAGGCAGCUUACACAUUGUACAACUAUUUUAUUGGAUAUAUUAUGUUUUAUGUGAGAACUCCUGUUGAAGGUGGACAAGAACUGAUAGCGAAUGCUCUUUCUCUUGUUUGGCUUGUGGUGCCAAGUGUUCAGGGAUUGUUCUUCAAGGACUUAAAACAAAUUCUGAGGAAAGAACAGUGUGAUGCCUCCCUGCUAAUCACUGCCAAUGUUCCCAGUGCCAAGAAGAUCAUCAUUCAUGGGCCAGAUGUUGGAGGAAUUCCUUCACAGUUUCCAGUUCAUGAGGAUACUCAGUUUCUUCAUGUACUGCAAGACAGCUUUGAAUUUUUUGGAAUUGAAGAGGCUGAACAGAAUUCUUAUUUUCUUGUUGACACUAAGACAAAUCAAAUUCACAAUUUGGAGUCUUUUGUUAGAGAUUUCUACUUCUUCAAGCGCUCACAAUAUCCUCAGCUUUCUCUAGUUCAGAUGGAUCCAGAGCAAGCUUUUCAAAGACAACAGCAGCAGGCUCUAACUCUAAAGUUCUUGGAGCUAGGAAAGGUGCUGAUGACAGUAUCCGUUCUGAAGACAACUAACCAGGUUUUACAAAGAGUGUUGGUUUUACAUGAAGAAUUGAUGAAGCUGCCAUCGUUUCCACGCAAAGCUCUUGAAGCAGACUUUAGCUUAUAUGCUGGAAAUCUGGGCAAGGAAAUGCUGGGAAUAGAUACCCUUCACAAGCUGGUAUGGGUAAAGCUAGUGGCUCGUAUGUUUGAAGUGAUGGCAGGUUUCUUUGCUCACUCUUCUGAUAUUCACCUCUUUGUAAAUGUGGUAAAUGGAGCAUUAGUGUUACACUGUGAAGAUUGCACCAUUCUCAGGCAGUGUUUGGCUACUUUUAUAAAUGCUGCUCAACAGUUCAAAAACAUCUUUGCAAGCAAUGGUUAUCUGCUGAUUAUGCCUACCAUCUUACGUAUAUACUCCAAUCAUCAGACUAACAGUUUGCUGUGUCGAUCUAUUGAAUUUGUUUCCAAACAGUUCUACAUCAUGCAUCGUAAGCCCUUUAUUUUGCAGAUGUUUGGCAGUGCUGCUUCCAUUCUAGACCUAGAUACAACUAGCAUGUAUGGAGAUGCAAACAAGGUCCAGUCCAAGGCCUUUUUUCAACUCCUUUUAUCUUUUGGCCAAUACAUAGUUGACCCUUUAGAUAUCUUGGGGCUGGUAAAAGGGGAAAAACCAUUACGAGCAUUAGAUUUUUGCUAUCAGAUGGAUCCAGACACACUGACUAUCCAAGACUGCAUCUCCUUAUGUGUAACAGUGGUAGCUUAUGCUCCAGACUCACAGCGAGGUCACCAAAUGCUGACAAUCCUAGAAGCUGUUCUUCCAUUUUAUCUAAACCAUCUGCAGAGUCAAACUCUUAAGAAGGAAACCCCAGGAGGUGCUCGCACUGAAAUACAAGCAAUCCACAGUAUAUCUGUUUGUAUGAAAACCCUGAUUACAAACUGUGAGGUUCUUGCUAGAAACUAUACUGGUCCCCAUCGUGCUAUAGAUCUUCGUGGUUCUAGCAUCAAGAAUGCUUCGAAAGGUGCUUGCUCUCCACCAUUUGAAGUUGAUGAGGAUAGUCAUUCUAACUUUUACAUCUCUCGUCGACAGCAGCAGUCUCAGUAUGAUCGACAUGUAGAAGACAGUGAGAUACUACGUGCAGAAUUUCGCAAGCCUAGAGACACUAUAUUGUUUGUGAUUUCAGAGUUUCUCACUACCUGCACUCGACGACUUGCAACUCUUAGCAAAAAAGUUCCUGAUUUAACUUCGAAGGCAACUGAACUCUUAGAUUUGAAGUGCCACUUACGUCUAGCAGAAAUUGCCCAUAGUUUAUUGAAAGUAUCACCAUACGAUCCUGCCACCAUGGCCUGUAGAGGACUGCACCGCUAUAUGAAUGAAGUUCUUCCUAAUACUGAGUGGGUCCAGGAAGCUAUGCGUCCAGCUCUCAUAAUGGUUCUACGUCGAUUGGACAAGACAUUUAAUAAGAUAGCUAAGAAGCAAACUAUAAAGAGACUGGUUGACUGGGAAGCAGCUAGAUCUCUACUAAAAGGUGUUUACUUGACUUUGUACAAACACACAUAUAUUGCACAUCUGCCUCAUCUGAAGUCUCUGACAGCUGUAUGUCAGGGGAUAUUGCUUGGAGACAACUAUACUUUACCACUCGCCACUGAAAGUCUGUCAACUUUUAACACAUCUUUGGCAGCUCUGUCUCAGUCUCCACCUGCCAGUUUUGUCUCUGUGGCUGUAAGACUUAUAGCAAUGCAGAUGUUGGCUCUUGGGGAUUCUCUGACCUUAGAGAGUGUCUGUGGUGGAGUAAGUGCUGUAUGUUCCAGCCCAGAGAAAACUGAAAUUUAUCUAAUGAACUUGAUUCUUCCUAUGUGUGUGCGUGUAACUAGUGGAAUUAAAGAUUCCCUGAGACUUUGUCAGAUGGAUAUUAGUUUUGCUCUGGCUGUUAUUAUCCAUGGCCUUACUCCUCCACAGUCCAAGAACACAUCUACAGGAAAAUCGGUAUCUGAAGGUCAAGGACCUGAAAAAUCUCCAAGGAAGCCUCGCUCUUCUCUGUUUCAAAUUGGAUUCCUAGGUCUAAAAGUGAUGAUUGUCUGUUUCGAACAUGAGUUAGCAGGAGAAUGGUAUAAGAUUGCUCGUUGUAUCCGUGAACUUGGAAACAAGCUGUUUGGUGGACUUGCUUUAUGGAAUUUUUUGGACUUUGUAGUGACCCAUCGAACUCCUCUCUUCAUCCUUUUGUACCCUUUAAUAAAAUAUAGGAUUCUGCAAACAAUUUGUGACAAUGAACAAGAAUACUAUUAUCAGCAACUGAUCAGAGAGAAGCUUCAAGGAUUCAGUCUACCAACCCCAAAGAGUCGUGGAACUCUUCUUAUGGAUUUAGUGGCUGAGAUGAAGGCUCUCAAGGAUGACCUUGUGUCUCGUAAGUUAGAUUCCUACAGUAUUGGAGACAUUUCACAGUCCACCAGUUACACUCGAAGUGUGAUUGGUGGAGCACAUCGUCCUAGCUUUACAGAACUGACAUCAGACCAACACAGUGUAACUCGUCUUGGAAAUCCCCCAGGCUUAGUAUCCACUGGAUCAUGUCAUGGACGUGGAGUAGAAUCUCGUGGUAGUGUAACUUCUCAUAAAUCAGGUUUGUCACAUCAGUGGAGUGUUAGAAGUGACAGCAAUGUCCCAUCACGAGGACUCAGUAUACGACUUCAUUCUAGAGAUAGAAGUCAGAAAGUGGUUGAGAGGUUUUUACGUCGUACUAGCUACCCUGAACAUGAAGGUGCAAUAUCCCAAGAUAUCCUGGAAGGUGAUCAGGCUGCUUCCUCUGAACCCAGAUUAUUUCGAAAGUCCACCCUGUACAUUAAAAUGCGAGGCAGCAAGAAAAGUUGUGGAGGUGGAAGUCAAUCUUCAAUAAUUGGUGGAGAAGAGGGAGUGGAUGUUGAGAGAAGCCAGGAGAAUAUUACUGGUUGGAGAGCUCCCACCAGCCAGCCGACCUCCCGUCCCACCAGUCCUUCUGGCAUUCAUUCUCCUGAUCAUGAUAGUGAUUCCCAUCGUCCACGCCACCGUUUGCAACGACAAAAGGCACAAAGCCGUAAAACUUUUCGAUUUCGUAAGUCAAGACGAAGUGCUGGCUUUGCUGUGGAGACUAAGCAACCCACUGAAGAAAUCCCAAUGGCAACAACUAUGAAACAGCUAACAUUAGCUGAGGAGGGCUCUUUGUGUGUGAAUGAAUCAGAUGUAACAUCCAUAAUCCCAGAAGUGGAUUUCUUUCCCAAACAGAAAACUGUCGUAGAAGAAACAACUGUGGAUUACCAUGCUCCCCGGCGAAGAGGAGCAGUUCAUAUGAGGUCACACUCUCCAUCACCAAGUCCAGAAGGACCUUCUCUCCCUCUUUUUCCAAGCAAAGACACUUAUAUUACCCAAAAAGAGUCUAAUGAGUCACUGAGCAACAGCGAAAAUGCAGCUCUUUUGAAAGAAGAAGAAAAACCAAAAUCCAAUUCACAAUCUUCAUUGUUAUUGGUAUUUCCCAAAGAUGCAGAGACUACAUGUGUUUAAAAAUAGUUCAGGUCUCAUUCCCAUUGUCAUCUAGUUUUUGUUGAGAAUGCAUGUGUUCAACAAUAGCUCAUGUCUGAUUCUCAUCGUUUGUUUUCUCGUUUGAAGAAAUAUUAGUAUGUUGUGAGCUUUAUAUCGUUUUCAGCUAAGGUAAAUUUGAUAUGAUAUUAUUAUUUAUUUUGUUAUCCCCGGUUAAAUCAUUUCUUUCCUUUACAAUAUUCCCGUCAGCUUCAAAAUAUGUUAAAUAAAAUUAAUCAAAAAUUGUAUACUUGUUAGAAAGGAAUGAUAUAGAAUUAAUUCUAGUGAUUAAAUUGAUACUUUAAAAUAUUCACUAUACUGAAUUUAUACCAGUGUCUUUGUGGUGAUUAACAGUUCAGAGCCAAGAUAUCUAGUUUAGUGGCUUUAUAGCCUAAAAGAUUAAUAUCAGUUCUUCCAUUUUAUUAUGAAAUUUAUACCUUCCUCUUCAUUUGCAAUGUGUCUUGUAAAACAAAAUUAAAAAAUAAGAAACAAUAUUAAAGUAUAUAUGACAUAUAUUUGUAAAAGAAGCAAACCUUAAUUGCGUAUAGUUGUGAUGAAACCUAUAGAUUUAUAUUGUUUCAGAUGUGUUAAAACUAUGCCCAUUUUAUUGUCUGUGUUUUCAAGCAUCAACUAUGAUGAGGACUGUACACAAUGUUCGUUAAUGGAGUGUAACAGAACUACAAGAAAGCUGUCAGUUUUAUCUUCUCCACAAAAGCAAUAGCUGUAAUAAGGACUAUAGAUCACAUUAAGUAAAUUACCUUUAACAAAACUACAAUAAAACUUUGCUUCCUCCUUCUGUAACUCCUUUUUAAAUAGUAGUUGUGAUGAGGAUUGUAAACUAAGUUGAAAUUUAGUUGCAAAAUAAGGGCAAUAUAACACAGUUUAGUCGUUCUGUAACUGUUUUUCUGAAAUUAUACUUUAUAAUAGUUAUCUAUAGACAUUGUUGACAAGUUUGGCAGUAACAAAAAUUUUCUACAAUGUUCUGUAACUACACAUUUCAAACAGCAGUUGUGAUGAUGACUAUAUAUCACGUUGUUUCAGCUGUAAAAAUGUAGUGGUGUUGCUGUGCAAAUGAUGUUAACUUUCGUCAACUGUGGAAUUUGAGUGUUGAGAUAUACCUUUAACAGAUGAUUGACAGUUUCUCUUUUGCAUUAUAAAUAAGAUUACAUUCUUCUCUUCUGGUAGAAUGUUUAUUGGCAAUGGUUCAGUUUUGGUUCCAAAAUCAGAAAGAUUUCAAAGUAAAUCUCCGAGUCAAACUUGAAAAAAUUUUGGAAAAAAGUGCACAUGCUCUUGGUUCAGUUUGUCCAAUUACAGUGAAGUUGGUGGAAACAAAUUGUAAGUAACAAAGGUUUGAAACAAUUGUAUAUUUAUUAUAAAUAGGUUUAUUUAGUGACACUUCUUUCCUAAAGUGAUUUUAAAAAACUAGAGUAGAAUUAUUUAUAAUAGGGGUGUAAUUUCAUCUUUGUCUUAGAAAAUGUUUUCAAUGAUUUUUAAAAAAUGAAGAAGUGUUAAGAUGAUGAAUGACGUGAUGACAUAAGUACCAUGAAGAAAUAUUAUUAAGAUGAUUUCAAAAGUAUUUGGUUCACAUUUAUGAAUAGUAGGAAGUACUAUUAUAAGAGAUAUUUGGAGAUGUGAAGAAGGGGUAUUAUGAUGAUAAAUAAAGAGUUUGGCAUUAAUAAGUUGAAAAAUAAAGAAAUGUUAUUACAAUUAUAUUAAAAGAUGUGUCUGACAGGGAUAUGAGAAAAAAUAUUGUGAUGUUAAGUGACAUGUCCAACAUGGUAAACGUGUGUAAAUCCUAAAUUCUAUAACCUCACUGGCUCAGCAGGUGUUGGGGAUUUAAUUCUAUAUCUGUCUUUAAGCCAGUAAGUAUCUGUAUGUAAAUUGUUACUGUUGUAAGACAUGACAUGUAAAAUUGGCCAAUACUAUAUACAUUAGUAAAUAUUAUACACAGUGAAAACUUUAUAAAACUAGCAAUUUCAGCCCAUGCACUUGUACAUUUGCUAUACGGAAUAAAGUUAACUCUCUCAGGUAGAAGGGAAUACAUUAUUUUUAAUAUUUAUUUUAUAACUUUUUUCUUGGUGACAUCACAGUUAUCUACUAAAACUUAAAUUUAUAAAGUCUCAGGGUUUUUUAUUUUUAUUAAUAAUAGCCAAUUACAACCUGUAUUUAAAGUACUGUUUCUAAACUGACAAGAAAUAUUUGAUUUAAGUAAGUGAGUAUUGCCUCCCAGUGGCUCAGCAGUAAGCCUAAAGGCUUAAAACACUAAAAACUAGGUAUCAAUACUUGUGUGGGCACAGCACAAAUAGCCCAUUGCAUAGCUUUAUGCUGAACAACAAACAAAUGAAAAAUGUAAGUGUUAUAACUAGUGAUGCUGACUAGUGGAUAGUAAGUAAUAAUAAAUUCAAAUAGCCAUGUUAAAUGUGAAAUGCGCUUUUUAAUAGAUGAUACUAUUAAUCUAGUCUGAAAUGUACCUGUGAAUUUUAAUUGGGAAAUGCAAUUAAAUGAUCUGCUGAACCAAGUGGCACAACCCUGUAUGUUAGUUACACUGUCACUUGAGGGUCAUUAUUCACAAUUAUUAGCUUAGGUUUAGGAGACACACAUACUGAAUAUCUGUACAUAAAACCAGAUAUGUUUUUUCCUAUUUUAAGUUUUAUUAACUUACACUAUUUAUUUUUGAUACUAUUAUUUUCUUAUUUAUUUCACUUUAUUUUUAAGUUUGAUAUGGUGCCAGUCAUAAAUGAGAAUCUACUUGAUAGUACACUAUUAUAUUUAGUGAAUAAUUGUAAAUUUACCAGUGAUCAUAGAAAUGCUUCUUUCAAACUCCAGUAAUAAGUAGACUGACCUCUGGUGACUUGUAUAGAUCUCAAUGUUAUUUGAGAUGUUUUUAAGAUGAUGCAAAUGUUUUUUCAUAUAAAUGAACACGCAGAUGUGUAUUGGUGGGUUUAAAAUUGUGUGUGUGUCUAUAUAUAUAAAUAUAUAUAUAUUCAAACAUACCUGUACAGUUAAAUAUAUUUAUAUGGUAUGGUAGUUAAUUGUCACUAAUUGCCAUGUUUUACAAAGACACUGGCAUGAGUUCUUUUAAAUGUCUAUUGUACAACCUCAGAAAUAAGACAUGUACCUGAUCCGGAGUGACUUUAAUUUGUGGUUUCCUUAAAAGAGCAUUAUCAAAAUUAUAAUGUUAUUGCUUACUGCUCAAGAUGUUUUAGUCUCCUUAUGAUAGUAACACAAGAUAUUUAAUUAUGUCAAAAGAAGUGAUGUUCUUCCCACCAGUCCUGCCUAAAGUAGCCAAAGGUUUCUAUAAACAUAUAUCUAAACAAUUUCAAACAAUAUCACUUAAAAGAUAUUAGUGAAUUUAAUAUAGAAAAAACUUUUUAUGUAGAGCAUUCCUUUUGCAACCAAUUUUAAGGAUAGCAAUAUCUUUAUAGAAACUGUAUUUUAACAAGAUUUUCUGUGGCAGAUUACUCUGCAGAAUAUUUAGCGUAAUCAAGAAAUUCCCCUUUAUUUAUUUAUAUAUAUUUACAUAUAUAGUAAUUCAGCAAAAAUAUGUAUCAUAUUGUUUUCCAUAUUUCAAUUACUGUUUACUGGUACUUAAAAAACUAAGUUAGUUAUCACACCAGUGGAAGUAUGUUCUUCUAAUAAACUGGUUUGGUAAAGAAACCAUAAAAAUUAUUUUACAACUUUUUUCUAACUUUAAAUAGUGAAAUAUUUCAACUGCAUCAUAACAUUAGUUGUUUUGUUUUUUUGUUGUUGUAAAACUGUUUUAUAUUUAUUUACUCAUUCCUGUAAUAAUAAACAAUUCUUUUAUCACAGUUGUGAUUUGAACAUCAAAAACUAGCAGAGUAUUGAGAUCUUAUAGGCCCACAAGUCACUACUCCCUCAGUUCAGUACCAGAACUCAUUAGAGUGUCUCCAUGACCAGAGACAAUUUGAAACACUAUUUAUUUAUAGUUUGAAAUCCAUAAUGGAAAAAUUAAGAGCAAUGUGAAAAACAUCUGCAAUCUAAGUGACUUGAAUUAUAAAUAUUAAGCUUAUUGGGUCUUUAGCAUUCAAACCAUAACUCUGAAAUGUGUAUACUUAGUAUAUAAAUAGCCUUUCUUAUGAACUUUUGUCUCUCACCAUCCAUCUCAGUUGACAAGUUAUAAUAUUGAGAGAAUGCCUAAUAAGCAAUGGCUUCUGGGAGACAAAACAUACAUCCAAAAUUCUACUUUUAUACACCACUGGUUUGAAGUCUGUACUAGACAAAGUAUGAGGAGUGUGAGAAAAACAUGCAUUCUAAACACUUGUUAUCACUAAUGUUAGGCGUAAUAGUUCCUAAUUCAUUUAUUAAUUUAAUUUGAGUAAACAUUUUGAUUUACAGUAUUAUGCUUUUUUUUCAUUUGUCAGUAUUAGAAAAUUAUGAAUGCAUUUUGUUCUAUUUUUAGCAUAUUGUUGGUUUAAUGUAGUUUUUAAAUCUUCAUAUUGGUGGUUAAUAAUGAGUAAGUUUUUGAUGUAACUGUUUAAAGAGUUCUGUCAAUUUUCUGUAACCUGUUACACCAAUUUGUUUAUUCUUCAUUAGAUGUUUGAUUAACAUAAUUGUCUUUUUGGCUUGAUCUGUCACUGGUGGUUACUAUCAAGUGUAAUUUACUGAUUACAAUUUGGAAACUAAUGUUUACAAUCAUAUGUACUAUUUAUGUAACACCAGUAGUUUAGUAAUUAAUUUGAAGAUUACAAAUAAACAAUAUUACUGUUGCUUA